CUAGCACCGCAGGCUGCACGGCGAACCGAACCAGGAAGUCCACAAAGUUGCCAAUUAACACCACUUUGAUAUCUUAAACAAAGCCAUGACUUCUGCUGCCUCUCCGACAAUCGGGGAGUUAUACCUCACGCUCAGUGAGAUGGGAUUCACCGAGGAGCAGAUCCAGGCCGCUAUGCAAGCGGGUCAUUUUUCUGUGGCGGAUGCAGCUGAGUGGCUGUUACAGGGUCAGAAUCCACGGCACAGGCUGGUGAAGCAGUCAUCACAGCCGGCUGAAACAGCGUUUUCUGCUUUCAACCCUCCGAAAGAGUCUACGAGCACGUCUGAGUCACAGACGUCUGACAGCAGAGGGAGUGCUUCAUUAAUGCUGAGACCAUCACAGUCAUCCAGCCUGUCCCCAGAGCCGCAGCCGGUCGAGUCCCGCAUCAAACAGGACAAAAGUGACUUUGAGGAGCAGCAGAGGCAACGUGUCGCUCAGGAGGCCAGAGCAGAGAAAAGACAAAAGAAACAGGAGCGUGAGUUGGUGUUGAAGCGGAUAGCUGAGGAUCGGAGGAGCCUGCAGGAGAAAAUCCAGACCAGCGCUGCAGCAGAGACGUCUCCACCGAACACUCAAGGCCAAAAGCUCGGAGGAAAAGUUGAAACUAACGUGGAUAACAACUGUAUCCUCAUGAUCCGGCUGCCGUCUGGCGAGUCCAUGCGUGAGCGUUUCCCAGCCGACGCUCCCCUCCGCAGCGUCGUGGAGCACAUCACCGGACGUCACCCCUCCCUGCCCACCUUCUCACUCCUCCAGGGGUUCCCACGGAAACGUUUCGGGGAAGCGGAGCUCGCUUGCUCCCUGCGUUCCCUCGGCCUCACGCCCAACGCCGCGCUGUGCAUUCAGACCACUCCUCCAGAGACGCCUCAGGAUCCUCCAAGUCCCGCUGCAGAGCUGCCGUUGGCGCCGCCACCAGUAGUGGAGCAGAACGAGCCGGCUCCGUGCGUCGUGCUUCCCCAGCCGCAAAUCCCUAUCGAGGAGGCGGCGGAGGGGCUAGACCCUAUUUUACCCCCUCCGCUACCCAACCAGCUGUGGGAAGAGGCGGUGAAUUACGCAGGGAUCCCAGGAGUCGGUCCUUCUCUAUCUGGGCCUUCUCACUUCUGGGGGCGAGGCCAGAGAUUGGUUCCUGGAAAUCUUGAGGAGGCUGUUGGCAUCGAGGUGGACGAGGAACAAGAAGGAGAGGGGGAGCCGCUUGAUUUGCUGAACGGAAUGCCGAGGCUGCCUUUUUUCCCGGAGAACAGGAUUCGUGGAGGAUUUGAGCCCAGGCACCACUGGCCAGAACAAGGCAAUAGACUUAGAGAGGCUCCAGAAGAGGUCAUAGCAGAGCCUGAGGAUGCAGGAGCUCGGGUGGCGCCCGUAGCUGCAGGUCUGGCUGCAGUGGAACGUCUUCAAAGAGCCGCACAGCAAGAAGACCCCCGUGCCUCCCAGGGGCAGCCUUCACCCCCUAAAAGACCCUUCAGAGCACCCAGCGUGCCGUCCCUAUGUGCCUUGGCCACCCGCGCCACUGUCCACCUCAUGACUGCUCCCAGCAUGCAGUACAGCAGCAGCCUGGCAGGUUUGACCCCAGAGCUUGCCGAACUUCUGCUCAACCACAUGUCCCGCGAGAGACUCCUACGUCCACGAACGCUGGAGCUCUUCUUUGGCUGCCCGUUGCAAAAAUUUGUCCUGAACUGCUACCCAUACUCCACCAAUGAGCUCCUACGUCAGCUGCGGGCCUUCACAGCGCUGAAGCAUCUGAGUCUGGUCAACUCGCCUCUCAUCACUGACUCUGGCUUGUCAAUCCUGUCCAGCCUGGUCAAACUCCAGUACCUCAACCUGGCCUCCUGUAGCAAACUGACCGACUCCUGUCUGCAGCAUAUCACAGGUUUGAAGAGCCUGUGUUUCCUGUCUCUGGACCAGACCAAAGUGACCGACGCAGGGAUGGUGUUGUAUCUCCAGUCGGCUCCGUCUUGCCUCUUUCAGCUCAGCCUGAACCAGACGGCGGUAACCGAAGCCACGCUUGUCGUGCUGCCCACACGUGUGCCACAGCUGCGGCUCCUCAGCAUCAAACAGACGAAGGUUAAGGACGUGUCAGCUUUGGCAGAGCUCUCCAGCCUGCAGACUCUCAACCUGGAUGGGACAGGUGUGACAGAGGGCUCUCUAGAGCACAUUGCCACCCACCCUACCCUGUCUUCCCUCAGUUUGGCAGGAAUCCCUGUCAUGGACGGCAACCACGCCCUGCAGAUCAUCUCCGGUCUAAGGUUGAGUCAACUGACCCUCCCUGGACGCCACUCUGUGACAGACAGCGGACUGUCAUUCCUCUCUAGACUGUCUCUGCUGUCCGAGCUGGACCUGACGGACUACACGCAGGUCACAGAUCAGGGAGUCAGCCAGCUCUCCACCAUGACCAGGUUGAAGAAACUGUCACUUAGCAACACUCAGGUGACAGACGCAGGGCUCCCCUCUCUGCGUGGCCUCCAGGAGCUGCAGGAGCUGUGUUUGGACCGGACAGCCGUCACCAGCCGAGGAGUGGCGGACCUCAUCACCUGCCUGCCGCACCUCCAGGUGUUGGGUUUAGCCAGCACUCAAGUGGGAGACACAGUAGUGAGGAGAGGUCUGAUCCGCUGCAAUCAGCUGGUUAAGCUUAACCUCAGCCGCACCCGGAUCACAGAUCACGGUCUGAAGUUCCUGAAACACAUGCAUCUGGCUCAGGUGAACCUCGACGGCACCGGCGUGAGUCUGAUCGGCAUCGCCAACCUCCUCACGUUCACCAACAUCAGCAGCAUCCGGGCCAGCAACACUCGCACCAUCUCCCCCGACGACGUAUCAGAUGAGGAGUGGGAGGCCCAAUGAAGCGUCGAACCUUCACCCUCCCUUCCUUCCUCCUCCUACUCCUGAUCGGUCGGUCCACAUAUAACCCUAAACCCUCCGAGCACGGCUCUGAUCUGACUAGCUGCUGCCCCCCUCCCCUCCUCUUCCCGUCUCCCUCGUUCCCUCGUAAAAUACAAAAAAAAGCAGCCUGAGCAGCGAAACACUCCUACUUGCACUGUUUCAACUGCAGCUCGUGCCACUAAUCUUGUCAAUCAUGCACGCCCGCCACCCGAGUUGAAACUCAUAAAUUAAAAAAACGAGGAGCCUUCUUUAACGAAAAAAAACAAAAAACACCACCACCUAGGCCAUCUUUAAACGUUUACAGAUGUAGAAUCAAUCAGUAUUUAAUGAGAAGAAGAAGAAGAAGAAGAAGAAGAAGAAGAAGAAGAAGAAGAAGAAGAAGAAGAAGAAGAAGAAGAAGAAGAAGAAGAAGAAGAAGAAGAAGAAGAAGAAGAAGAAGAAGAAGAAGAAGAAGAAGAAGAAGAAGAAGAAGAAGAACCCUUUUCGUCGUUUCUCUCUUCUCUGGGAAAACUCCACCUAACAAAAAGAAGAACCCGUUGUAGCUUUAAAGCUUCAUUGUGCAGUCCUUAAAGGUUGGAGAGAUGUGUGUGUGUGUUUCUCUCUGGUUGAAACCACUUAUUAAAAACCAGCCUCGCAAGGCGGGAACGUACGUUUUUAUGUUGGAAAUGUAACAUAAAUAACACACAGCAUGUAUUUUCAGACUGUAACAACUAACAGCCUGAUAUAUAUAUAUAUUAUAUUAUAUUAUUAUAUUUAGACAUUUAAAACCCUAAAUUCUCUCAAUUCAACCAAAUGCUGAAGGUUGAAAGGC